UGGCCGCGAAUAUGAUGCUAGUGUCAGGUGUGAAGCUCCUUGUACUGAGUGGAAAAUUCGUUUGAGGGGAGAAGAUAGUCAUGAUAGUUUUGGUAGAGUUGAAUUGUGUCUUAAUGGAACAUGGGGAACAAUAUGUGAUAAUGAAUGGGAUGAUGCUGAUGCUAGUAUUGUAUGUAAGCAAUUAGGAUAUUCUCCAUAUGGAGCUAUAGCUAAAACAUCAUACUAUGCUGAGGGAUGGCUGCCUCACUCUCUUUAUAAUUUGAACUGUAUUGGUGAUGAGAGUACAUUGUUUAAUUGUUCCUAUGAAAUUAGUGGUGCAUCAUGCGGUAGCUAUGAUGAUGCUGGUGUCAUAUGUCAAGAUAUCAAUACAAUUUACUCAAACUGCACUGAUUACGAUAUUCGCUUAGUUAAUGGUAAAAUGGAUAAUGAAGGAAUAAUACAAAUAUGUAUGAAUGGAGUUUGGGGUACAUUUUGCUUCAGGGAUUAUUAUCGAUUAGCUGCUAGUUUGAUUUGUCAAGAAGCUGGUCAUAAUACUGGAGGUGAUAUAUAUUAUGCAGAAUCUCCCUAUGCUAGUAAUUUUCCAAUAUUAAUGGAAUACGUUAAUUGUCCUGAAUAUGCUACCAAUAUGAAGCAAUGUAAUUUAAGAUAUUAUACUAAAAAUUCAUGGUGUGAUGUUAAGUACACAGCAGCCAUUAAAUGUUACAAUUGCACUAAUGGAAACAUUAGAUUACAGCCCUAUAGAUCUAGUUAUAACUCAGAUUUCAUUGGACGAGUUGAAGUUUGUAUUGAUGGCAUCUGGGGUGCCAUGUGUAGUGAGUUUUUUACUCAUAAUGAUGCUCAAAUUGUAUGUAGACAUUUAGGCCACACUGCACUAGGAUCACUAUCAGUAGAUUAUCUUAACUACGACAAAUACAUUCCUAUGCACACUAUUUACUUCAAUUGUACUGGAAAUGAAAGCAAUCUGUUGGAUUGUCCUUUUGUCACACAAGGAAAAGUAUGUAGUGAUGCUGCAUCUGUUGCAUGCCAUGAUCAGAAUGUUGAGUACUCUAAUUGUACUAAUGGUCAGAUACGUUUAUAUAAUAAAACUGUUACACUGCAAGGAAGAGUUGAAAUAUGCUACAAUAAUGUUUGGUUUGGAUUAUGUUCUGAAAACAGCCAUUAUUCUUAUUAUGCAGCAGUAACUAUUUGUGAAGUUAUUGGAUACACACAUGAGCCUUGUACUGAUAAUGAAGUAAGGCUAAGUGGUUCGUCAAUGGAUUGGGUUGGUCGCAUUGAACUGUGUGUUGAAAGAACGUGGACUACACUUUGUGAUAAAACAUGGGAUUUAAAAGAUGCUGCAGUGAUAUGUAGGCAAUUAGGAUACUCUUCAUAUGGGGCUAUGCCAAUGUACAACUGUUUUACUGAAGGACAGCUUUUAUUUGGUAUUACAAGUAUUGACUGUACUGGCUCAGAAAAUCACAUUCUAAAUUGUACACACAAUGGCCCUGCUUUGUACAACUGUGAGUCACAUAAUGAUGCUGGAGUAAUUUGUCAAGAAACUGUGGUGGUAUCUAAUUGUACUGAUGGUGAAUUAAGACUGGUUGAUGGUAGUGGCCCUCAUGAAGGACGGGUUGAGGUGUGUGUCAAUCAAGUUUGGGGUACCAUCUGUUCUAUUGGCUGGAGUAAUGAAGAUGCCAAUGUCAUUUGUAAACAGCUUGGAUAUCUACCAUUCGGAGGGAAAGCAAGAAUUAACAGCCAGUAUGGUCCAGGAGCAGGUCCUAUAUUAAUGGCCAGUGUUGAUUGUAGUGGUUCUGAAGAGUCCAUACUAGAAUGCAGUCACAGAUCAUGUGACAUAUUUAGUUGCUCACAUUACAGUGAUGCUGGAGUCACUUGUGAACGUAAUUGUACUAAUGGUGAUAUUAGAUUGGGUGAUGAAUCUGAGCUAAAAGGAAGAGUGGAAGUCUGUAUGAAUGAAAUAUGGUCUACAAUAUGUACUAGUAAUUGGUCACAAAAGGAAGCUUCUGUUAUUUGUUUUCAGCUAGGAUACUCGAAAUAUGGUGCACUGGCUGCUUCUGAUGUGCACAUUAACUAUGAAUGGCCAAUUGGAAUUUAUUUGUUAAACUGUACUGGGUAUGAGAAGGUGCUGUGGCGUUGUAUGCAUUACACAAGAGAUGAUACCAAUGGAGAGAAGUGCUCCCAAUCCAAUGAUGCAUCAGUGUUUUGCAUGCCCAAUACUACCCAGUAUGGUAAUUGUGCUGAUGGUGAUAUCAGAUUAAUUGGUGGAGACACAAUGAAUGAUGGCAAUGUACAGUUAUGCUACAAUAAUGCUUGGGGUUCAAUAUGUGAUGCAAACUGGGACAACAACGAUAGUAAUGUAGCUUGUUAUAAACUAGGUCUACAACCUUUUGGCUCUCAGUUCUAUGUUAAUAAUUACUAUGGAGUCACUGAGAAUCCUUCAUUUGUUAUUGGUGGUUUAUCUUGUUCAGGAUCUGAGGAAUCAUUGCUUGACUGCCCUAAACAGCCAAACAGUUUCUUAUUGAAUUGUAACAAUAAUGAUAUUGCUGGAGUUCAUUGUUUAGGUCAGAUACCUGUGAAAAUAUUGAGUAUAACUAGUGGAAGUAGUAACUGUAGUUGUAUGCAUGGAACAAUUCGCUUAAAAGAAUCCACCAAUUAUCUUAUUGGUGAAGUGGAGGUAUGCAUUAGAGGAGUAUGGAGUACAGUCUGUGGUGAAGAAUGGGAUGACCGAGAUGCUAAAGUAGUAUGCAGGAUCACUGGCAGUCAAUGGUUCAAUUGCACUUAG